GUCAGACAGGUACAGGAAGUGAAGAGGCGGCAUCUUUUGAAGUUUUGUAACGAGGAAGAAACUACCCAUGAUGCCACGCGGUUCAACCAGUCGAGCAUCCAUUCCUCCUCUGAACAUAUCAGCCGGCUGUGUGUGUGACCGACAUGACGCGCGCUCCAUGCCCGGAAUAGACCAUUUCUCUGCGCAGACAGGCCGGGGGUGGGAGGAGGAGGUGGUCUCGGUGCCGAGGGAGCCACAGCAGGAAACGCGGAGGGGUGUGUUUGUUUCCCUGCCUGAACCGGUGAUGGUGGACCCGAAGCCUUCACUGCAGGCUGACCAGCCGCUGAGUAAGCUCCACAAAGGAGGUCUCGCCAAUGGGAUAGAAGAAGCCCCCGGAGACGGCCUGCAGGCCCGGGGCCAGUGGGCCAGCAAAGCUGAGUUCCUCUUGGCUGUGGCUGGGCAGAUCAUUGGACUGGGAAACGUCUGGAGGUUUCCAUACCUCUGCUACAAAAACGGAGGAGGUGUGUUUUUUGUUCCCUACUUGUUGUUUCUGGUUCUGUGCGGCAUCCCCCUGUUCCUCCUGGAGACCUCCCUGGGACAGUACACCAGCCUGGGAGGGGUCAGCGCCUGGAGGACUAUUUGCCCGUUAUUUGGAGGCCUUGGCUAUGCCAGCCAGGUGAUGAUCCUGCACGGCUGCGUGUAUUAUAUAGUCAUCCUGGCGUGGGCUCUCUUCUACCUGAGCUACAGCUUCCAGGCAGAGCUGCCGUGGUCGCACUGCAACAACACGUGGAACACAAAUUCRUGUGUUUUGUUCGAUCACAACCAGACCUCCAAUUCGAGCAGUUUACCAGAGAACGCCACCUCUCCUGUCAUGGAGUUCUGGGAGCGGGAGGUGCUGCRGCUGUCGGACACUUUGGACGAGCUGGGACCGGUCAGCUGGAAGCUGGCUUUGUGUUUGGCCGUCGUCUGGCUCAUCUGCUACUUCUGUGUCUGGAAGGGAGUGAAGUCCACAGGAAAGGUGGUGUACCUGACCGCCACCUUCCCRUACGUCAUGCUGUUGGUGCUGCUGGUGCGUGGCGCCACGCUGCCCGGAGCAAUGCAGGGCAUCGUCUUCUACCUCAAACCGAACCACACCCGCCUGGCCGACCCACAGGUAUGGAUGGAUGCAGGCACCCAGAUAUUUUUCUCUUAUGGCAUCUGCUUGGGGAGCCUCACAGCCUUGGGCAGUUACAACAAAUACAACAAUGACUGCUAUAAGGACUCCUUCCUGCUGUGCCUCCUGAACAGCAGCACCAGCUUCCUGGCCGGUUUUGCCAUCUUCUCGGUGCUGGGCUUCAUGGCUGAGGAACAGGGAGUGGAUAUCUCCACUGUGGCCCAAUCAGGGCCCGGUCUGGCCUUCAUCGYCUACCCAAGGGCUGUAGCCAUGAUGCCUCUUCCUCAGCUCUGGGCGGUCUGCUUCUUCCUCAUGAUCAUCAUGCUGGGACUGGACACGCAGUUUGUGAGCCUGGAGGCCCUGAUGACAUCAGUGACUGACCUGUACCCUCAUCUGAUUCGACGAGGCCACCGCAGAGAGCUGCUGCUGCUGUUUGUGUGCAUCGUUUGUUUCCUGAUCGGACUAGUCAUGGUCACACCGGGUGGUCUGUACGUCUUCCAGAUCUAUGACCACUUCUCCUGCAGCGGAGCCAGCCUGCUGCUGCUCUCCAUCUUCCAGUCUCUGGCCAUCGGCUGGGUCUACGGAGCCGAUCGMUUUAACGCCAACAUCAGAGACAUGAUCAGCUACGACCCGCUGCCCGUCUUCAARCUGUGCUGGAGAUAUUUCACUCCAGCUGUGUGCACUGCUACGUUUAUCUUCUCCCUGGUGCGCUGGUCUCCGUUGAGCCUGGGGAAAGGCCUGGUGGCUCCAGUCUGGGCCACCACCCUGGGCUGGGUCCUCACCCUGUCCUCCGUGUCCCUGCUUCCCAUCUGGGCCGUCUACGCUCUGGUCACCACUCCCGGGACCCUGCCACAGCGGUUCCAGCACCUCUGCAGCCCGGCCAAGAGGUCCUCCCCGGCCUUCUAUAAAAUGUCCACCCACGGCUCAAUGCAGGCCUACAGCCCUGCGCUGCCGCUCGCCAACAAAACCACAGAGCAAAGUGCAGGACUCAUUCAGGAGAAGACCACAUGACCAUCAUCAACGUCACACGACUCCCGCUCAGACAACCAGGAAGUUUAAACCUCCUCAUCAGAUUUCACUGAAAAACAAACUGACGAUUGUGCAACUUAAAGUCUGCUGCUGUGGAUCAAAUCAGCCGACAACAAGUCUUAGACGUCUUGUUUACCGGCCGUUUACAUUCUGUUGUGAGUAAGGCCAUCGGAACAUCCAGCAGGAUGCUCCCWUUAAUCAGUAAAAACACACCUACCUGUCGCCACGUUGCCAGCAGGAAGUGCCUGGAUGUUGGUUGGACUCGUSGGACAGCUCGUUUCUUUAAAUCCAGCCCCGCCUCCUGGUCCUCCUCUACUACAGCUUGCACUCCUGGAUCUGAACCAUUUCAUCGCCUUCCUUUAAAGCUUCCUUAUCCUUGUAUCUUCUUCAUUUCCAUAGUUUAGUCACUGUACUCGAGGACCAUCUUAAUCKCAGCCGUUAAACGCACAAGAUAACCUCGCUAACGUUCUGUUAGUGUGUCGGCGKCGCAGCUUUUCUAUGACUACGCUCUCUGUGAGAGCCUGACGGAUCACCAGCAGGUCUGCUGAAGUGACUCCGUGAGUUAGACACGUUAGUGGUUUAGGUUUUACAUCUACUGGAGUUUAUGCUCGAGUGGCCAAAUCGCACUUGUGCCGUUAAAACAUCAGGAGCCUCACUAAAACGGAAAGUUCCGAGCUUUUAAACAGAGRAUGUUAUGAACAAUUAAYAUYUUACCUGUUCAGAUAUCAUGUUGGAUGACCACUGUUUGGAGAAAUGGUUUAAUCUGAUCGGAUUGUUGAGCUAACGGUUCCUGAAGUGUUGCAGACUGAACUGGAGUUGAAAUAUGCGUGUAACAAGAAUCAGAUUCAUCUGAGACAGAAGAACAGCUGGAGGGGUGUGGUCUCUUGUUAAGUAGGAACUCUGAUAGUAGAGCUGCUUUAAGAGAACAGCAUCCUUGUUUUGACUUCGCACCACUCAGACCAGCUGUUAGCUCAUCAGUCAGCUCUGAAUAAAACUCUAGAUCGACACUGUUUAAAGCCAUCUGCAACAGGUAAGAUGUUUUUUGCUCAUGGCUCAAGACCUGAGCUGUCUCUUUAGGUUUGUGAGCAGGACUCUGUUAUAGAACAGAGUUGGACAGUUUUAGUCUCCAUAAAUGUGUUUUUUUUAGUAAGUCAAGAGAAAGGGGGACUCUGCAGUCACUAAGUAGGAGUUUCUUGUUUUGUGGGAGGAGUUUGUCCAAGACAUGAUUGUGGAUUGACUAUUUUGGGUGGGGUUUAAAGAAGCUGGGGGCAGCUGGGAGUAGCUUGGUCAGAACGGUCGGGCUCCUAUAUUUUUUUAAAUAUAAAUAUAAAUUUCAGUCACGUGGAUGGACGUGUAACAAUCCGGCUUGGUCAAAACCUUCUUAACCAGCCUGUAAAAAGAUCGAUAUAUACCUUAAUAUUAGUCAUAACUUGAGACAGGAAGGUGCUUGCCACAUGAA